AUGGCAACUGAGGUGGCCGAGAACGGCAAUGCGGAGCCGCCGAGAUCGGCGUUAAUAUUUCUCGGGACCGGCUGCUCGAGCGCGGUGCCUAAUGCGAUGUGCUUGAUCCAGCCGGAUGAUCCUCCUUGUCACGUCUGCUCCCAGUCUUUAACCCUACCGCCUGAUCAGAACCCUAAUUACAGGUGCAAUACAUCCCUCCUAAUUGAUUAUUGUGAUAGCGAGGGAAAACAUAAAUAUAUUUUGAUUGAUGUGGGCAAGACGUUUAGGGAGCAAGUUUUGCGGUGGUUCACCUUUCAUAAGAUACCACAAGUAGAUUCAAUUAUAUUGACUCAUGAGCAUGCUGAUGCUGUUCUUGGUUUGGAUGAUAUACGCACUGUGCAACCCUUUAGUCCAACAAAUGAUAUCAGCCCAACUCCCAUCUACCUCACACAAGAUGCAAUGGAGAGCAUUGCAGUGAAAUUCCCUUACUUGGUUCAGAAAAAACUCAAGCCUGGUCAGGAAGUUAGGCGUGUUGCUCAACUUGAGUGGAAAAUUAUAGAGAAUGAUUGCACAAAAAAGUUCAUGGCAUCUGGCCUGCAUUUUGUUCCUCUGCCGGUGAUGCAUGGCGAAGAUUAUGUAUGCCUUGGUUUUUUAUUUGGUGAAAGAUAUAAAGUAGCAUAUAUAUCAGACAUUUCACGCUUUCUUCCAGCCACAGAAUGCUGUAUUGCGAAAGAUAGUGGUCGGCAGCUUGAUCUCCUUAUACUGGACACAUUAUACAAGAAAGGAUCUCACAACACUCACUUCUGCUUCCCUCAGACACUCGAUGCCGUUAAGAGGAUACGCCCCAAGAGAGCUUUGCUUAUCGGGAUGACCCAUGAGUUUGAUCACCACAGAGACAAUGAAUUUCUCGAGGAAUGGUCCAAAAGUGAAGGGAUACCAAUUCAGCUCGCACGUGAUGGGCUUAGAAUCUCUGUAGACCUUUGA